CACCGCGCGCUUGAGGUGAACGCACGUCGUUUUGUGAAAAAAAACUCGCGAGUGCUGUGUUACGUGUUGUGAAAAAAAAAAUGUGAUUUGACCUCCAAAAUGGUUGUGUUGGUGCUACUAAGCGUUUUUGUCGCCCGCAGUGUCUCCCACACAAUAACAUUCCUGGAUGUCCCCCUCUGGGUGGACCCGAGGAGGGACGCCGAGCUCAGGUGCCAGUACACCAGACAAGCCCAGGACCCACCACUGCACUCUGUCAAAUGGUACAGAGACACCAAUGAGAUAUUCCGGUACACACCCCAAGAGUACGAGACCAGGGCUUUCAACAAUACGGGCAUAGCGGUGAUGAACAGCUCCUGUGACUCCAGGUCUUGCGUGAUCACCGUCAAGCCUGAGAGGGGGACAGCCAAGUACACCUGCGAGGUCUCCAGCGAAGGUCCCAGGUUCGCGGUCGAUAGGAAGUCGUCAAAUAUGACUUUAGCUGUGUUACCAGAAUAUGAGCCCCUCAUCACUGGUCUCCCGACCCUGGUUCAGGCCGGGGAACAGGCGCUGGUGAACUGCACAUCUGACUACUCACUGCCCGCAGCCACUAUAGACUGGUUCGUGGACUCCGAGCCUCAAGAGGACCCGCUGAUAGUCGGCGUCACCCACGUGUCCGGGGCCGACAGCGAAGGCCUACGGGCCUCCUGGAGGACACUACACGUGUUCCCGGACGAUUACGUGACACACCGCGGCUAUUUGUCGCUCCGGUGUCGCGCGACGCUGCCGACGCGACCGCCACUCGUGCGCAGCAUGUCCGUGCGACUUUAUGUCGCGAGUCGCCCGCUUAUAUCUUCGUAUAUGUUUAGUAAAAAUAACGCAGUAGCAAGUAAUGACUCACGUCGUGUGCACGCUGAACUUACAUUUUGGACGUUUUUGUUAUUAUUUAUGUCACAAGUGCCUUGUGUGAUGAAAUAAUGGAUCGGGAUAUAUACGUAAACGUGUGCUGUGACAGUGUAUUGUAUAAUUAAUAAUAAAAAUAUAAUUAAUUUGUAUGAUUAAUACGAGUCAUUGAGGAAUAAAUAUGUUUUUUUUUUAAAUAAUAUAUUUUAAAAAAAUGUACAAUUAAUUAUAUCAAAUGUUUUUAACAGAAACCGACGACCAUACUUGUUCUGUUUUUAAAUGUUGACUGUUUCUUAGAAAAAUAAUGAUGAAAUAUAUUUUGUUUUUUUAAUAUUUAUAACGAUAGAUAGAUAGUUAUAUAAUUUAUUUAUUACACAAUGUAAAUAUGAGAAUUUGUUAAUUAUGUAAAUAAUAUUAAAAAUAUGUGUGCCGUGAUAAGAUUAUCCCGAAUAAUGUAUAAAGUUUGUCGUUUUAAUGAACCUAUUCAAUUAUUAAUAUUAAUUAAAUAUUUUCUUCAUUAAUCUUUUUUCAUACAAUAUUUUUCUAUACCCAAUUAUGUUUACGAAAAUGUAAAUAAAUAUUUUGAAAUAAAUUAUUUCUAAUGCAAAUUAAAUUGACGAAAAAUUAAUCAUGUGUGUGCUAAUAGAUUCAUAUUUAGGAUUAGUCUAAUACUGUUCGUAUUGAUUAUGAUUUUAUGUAACUUAAAUUAUAAACACAGGUCAAAUCUCUUUAAGAAUUCGAAAUAUUUAUAUUCGCAUAUUUUUUGCGUCAAAAACAUGACACUAAAGAACUUUUUACAAACAUUUAGAGCACGUUUUCCUGAACAAAUGCUCCACGUUCGCAUUGUCGUAUUAAACACUCGUUUCUGUGAAAAGGUGAAGGAAUUAAAAACUUUUUGUUGUACGCGAAACUGCGCCAAGCAAUUUCUCGUCGCUACAAAAAAGCGAGAAUCUUUAGAAAAAUGUUCUCGCGUGUGCAAACAGUUGUUAAAAAACUACUUUUAAAACAAAUUGCGAACAACUUGUUUGAAUAUUAGUUUUUCUCUUGGUCUAUGCUUCUUUUAACUAAUGAAUUUUAUAACCUUUUUUAUGCAAUUAUCUGGUAUGUAACAAUGAUUUUAAUUAAAUACUUUUAUAAUUUUAAAGUUUUUGUACAACUAUAUAAAUACUCAUCAUUGUUACCUUUUUUAUCGCAUCUAUAUGAAAAAUCUUAAAUUCUUAAUUAUUAAAGAGUAUCAAUUAUAGCUGAUGUAAUAAAAGGUGACAGCAUUGUGUGUAUGUAAUUGUUGAAAAAAAAAUAAACCUUUAAUUGUAAUAGUUUUUCUUAAAUGUUUAUUUAAAUAUCGAUUGUAUAACAACGAUGUAUAUGUAAUUAUUAUUAUAUAAUAUAUUAUAUAUAUAGUACCGUAUUGUAUUUUUAUUAAUUGUUACUGUGUAAAUAUAUUGACAGAGAAAAUAAGUAUGUAAACAUUUUUAAGGUAACAUAAUUAUCGAAAAUUUAAAUGUCCCAAAGAAUAUUUUUUUGUUUGUAUAGAUAGAUAUUCAUAUUAUAAAGAAUCUCAGUUAGUUUUGAGACAUUAUACCCAAUAUGCAUUAAUAGAAAAAAAAAAUUGUAAUAUCU